AUGCAAAGCCAUGGUCACUACGAGCUGUCGCAGCACGACAGCCAGCGCAAUCCGCAGCGCGAGGACGCUGACGUGGCAGGCAUAUUCGACUUUGACGUGACAAAGAUAUUCGGGCACGACAAUGUCAUUGAGCCAGAAUCCUGGCCGCUAAUUGUUUUUUUCUUCACUUUGAAUCAAAAGGCUUGGAGCUUGAGCGACUCAGCGUCACUGUCAGAGAGCACGCAAGCGUACCCUGAAGAAUUCGGCCGUACUUACCAUGCCUAUCACGCCGGCUCGUACCCGUUUCCAAACGACAUCGCCGAGCAGGAUCGCCUAAAGCUCCAGAGCGACUGCGUGAAGCACCUCCUGGGCAACAAACUGUACUUUGCCCCGCUUUCACGUACGAAUCCGCCUCUGAGGGUCAUUGAUGUGGCAACCGGGCUCGGCGACUGGGCCAUCGAGAUGGGCGAUUUGUUCCCUGGGUCCAUAAUUGUUGGCACAGAUUUGUCUCCCAUCCAGCCAGACGAAGUACCGCCAAACGUUCAUUUCUACGUAGAAGAUGCUACUGACCCAUGGGACUUUACCCACAAGUUCGACUACAUUCACACCAGAAGCACUGUCGGGUGCUGGGGUAACUUUCAGACGCAGAUUGCGCAGGAGGCUUUUGCUUCUCUCGAGCCUGGCGGCUGGUUCGAGUCGCAGGAAAUCGACGGCAACAUCUGCUGCGACGAUGACACCCUAAAUCCCGACGGGGCGCUGGCGCAAUAUUUCGGGGACCUGGUUACAGCCUCGGAACGGAUGAACCGGCCUGCUAUCCUCGGCGCCAUCCUCAAAGAGGCGUACGAGGCUGCUGGCUUUGUCGACGUCCAGCAGAUUCCGCUCAAGAUGCCGAUUGGCGGAUGGGCCAAGGACAGCCGUCUUAGGAGCAUAGGGCUUGCCUGGCAGGCUAAUCUCCUGGAGGGUCUCGGCGGGUUUGCGUAUCAGCUGUUUAACAGAGUAUUCGACAGGACUUCAGAAGAGACCGAGGUACUUCUUGUGAGUGUGCGUAAGGAGCUCUGCGAUCCACGUAUACAUUCAUACAUGCCCGGAUAUGUGGUUUGGGGGAGGAAGCCACACCCCGGGGAGUCUCUUGCCUAG